CGUACAGCAUACUCGCGUCUCCGCAGUAAAACACAAAACCACAACCCAACUCCAUUCGCAAUGGCAUUCUUCAAAUCCCUCAUCUGCCUGGCUGUCCUGAGCGCCGCCUCCGCCGGAGUCCUGCACGGCCAUGGAGCUGGUCUGUAUGCCGCCGCCCCGGCCAUCUAUGCCGGACAUGGUGGUCAUCAUGACGAGGGAAUCGACUAUCAUGCCUACCCCAAGUACCACUACAACUACGGUGUGGCUGACUCGCACACCGGCGAUGUCAAGUCCCAGCAUGAGGUCCGUGAUGGUGAUGUUGUGAAGGGCUCCUACUCCCUGGUGGAGCCCGAUGGUUCGGUGCGCACCGUGGAGUACACCGCCGAUGACCACAAUGGCUUCAAUGCCGUUGUCCACAAGACCGGCCCCACUGUUCACCAUGCUCCGGUCCACCAUGCCCCCGCUCUGGUGGCCCAUGCUGCUCCCCUGGUGGCUCACUCUGCUCCGGCCAUUGCUCACCAUGUGGCCGCCGCUCCGGCUGUUCCCUAUGCCGGCUCUCUGGCGCAUCAUGCCGCCGUCCCAGCCUACGGAUAUGCCACCCAUAAUGCCCAUGCGCAUGUGGCCCACUACUAAGAUUGGGGUGGGAGGAGCAACACUAGCACAAGCACCACCAACCAACCAACACCACCACCACCACUAUCAACACUCUUCUGUAAUUUAUUAAGCACGUUGACGACCUCACAAGAAAAAUCAAAAAACGGAAAACGGAAACCGGAAACGGAUGAUUGACGAAGCCUGCUGCAAUACUCAGUGUCCAGUGUACCCAGUCAUGACCAUCGCAAUCGCCUGUGUAAAUAGGAUUAAGGGAUUCCAGUCCAGGAUCCUCUGUCACCUUUAUCCCUCUGUUCCCUGCCGUCUCUGUCUCAGCUUUCGCGCCACUCUCUUUUUUUUUGUUUGUGAUCCAAGCUUCUCUUUUGUAAAUAUCAACACCGAGCUGAGGAAGGAACAAACGCCCAUAAAACACCACAUGCCACGCCCACGACAAACAAACAAAAAGAAAAUCUAUGAAAAGAUGAAGAAAAACGAACAAAACAAACAGAAAAUGCAUACAAAAAAACACACACAAUUUAUGUAUUUCUUAUGUAUAAUAACUUUGUGUAUACUUUUAAGUUUGAAGCUGAAACUGCUGACAAUGCUAUA